CUGCAAAUAAAUGGCAAAUAUGUGAUAGGUGAUAAUCUCCCGCUCUCUCUCUCUCCCUAAAUUUCCACCCCGCCCUGUUGCUUUUCGAAGGGCAAGCGGUAAAUAUUUAGGCGGCUCUUAUCAAAAACUUGCACGCUGAUAAGCUUUGAUAGAAGGUUUUGCUCUCUUCCGCGCUCUCAAUAUAAUUUUCCCAUUCGCGAACAGCUGUUUGAAGCAACGACAACAACAAACUCAGAACAAAGCUCAGAACCUGCUGAAAAGGAUACAAAGUGGACAUUUUGAAGUCGUGGAUUAUCAAUUUAAGUAAAGUAACUGGCACAAAAUAAUUCAAACCAAAGGCAGUCCAAGUUGCGGAAAUGGGAAAAGAUCGACUGCCCGAGCUUUUGCAGCGCUCAUUGAGCACGAACUCGUCGAACUCGUCGUCGAACGGUUCACUGCUUUUAAACGUGUACAGUGGAACCACGGAGUUCAUCAUCGGCAACACCGGCGGGAACAAUAAUAGCUACAGUGUCGUCAGCCAAAACUCCCAUAGUAGCAACAACAACAACAGCAGCGAACCCAAGGAUCGGUCCAGCUCCAAGAUGUCGCACCAUGGAUCGAAUGUGGACGACAUACUCAAUCCGUACACGGAGAUUCGCCAACAACUUGCACAGAUAGCCGCCAACUUGGAGGCGAUGAACCGCAUGGCCCAAACCGUCAAUCUGCGAACUUUUAACGAGAACGAGAUGGAUGAGCUUCACAGCAAAAACCUGAGGCUGGGCAAUCAGCUAAUGACGCGAUUCAACGACUUCAAGGCGAAUCUGCCGGCGGAAAACGAUUACAGCUUGGAGGCAAGGAUGAAAAGAACCCUUUUCUAUGGACUGCACCAGACUUUCAUCAAUCUCUGGCACAAAAACGAGCUAUUCCUGCAGAACUACGAGACCAAGGUCAAAAAGAAUCUGAGACUGCAUACAAAAAUCAUUAAUUCUGAAGCCAGCGAACAAGAAAUCGAGUUACUCAUCGAGAACAAGACAACCAAACUCUUUGUGGAUAAUUUUCUGCAGGAGACGGAGAAGGAGCGGCAGACACUGCGCGAAAUGAUGGACCGAUUCAACGAGCUGCGCCGGCUGGAGAAGUCCAUCGAAGAGGUCCACGCCCUGUUCAUGCGCAUCCAGACCUUGGUGAUGGAGCAGAGCGAGGUGAUCCAGCGGGUGGAGUUCCACGCCCAGCAGGCCACGCUCCACGUGGAUAAGGGUGCCGACGAGCUGGACCAGGCGGAGCAGCACCAAAAGAAGGCUCGCAAGAAAAAGAUAAUGCUCAUCGUGAUACUGGCAGCCAUUUUGUUAGUAUUACUCCUUGUUGGUAUUUAUUUGUGAUGCACGUGAGACACUUUUUUUUGCAUAUUUUUAAGAGUUACAUUUAAGCAAAAUAAACUUAAAAACCA